GAACAGUGUGAGAUCCGAUUGGAGGAUCCAAGCUCCAGUGAGCUCUUUGCAGCUUGCUUUGUUUUAACCAGGCCAGCGCAAGACCUCAGUGGAGAUGGUGCUUGAUAUUCACCCAGCUGUGAAUGAUAGAUUGAAGAGGAAAUAUCCUUCAACAAGUGCAGCUGGAUGGGUGGCUUUCUGACUGUGUGAGCAUUUGUUAAUUACAAAGGAAGUGCGGAAAGAAUAUGUGGAACGAAAAGAGGCACCAAAUACUUCCAUUUACAGAAAAUGAUGAAAAUCAUGUGUUCUUGCAAUACAUGUUCAAGCUUGUUUUGCCCCACCGUCCCUGUUCUUUUGUGCUGGCUCUUUGUCACCUUAGAAUUCCCCGUUUACACUUCUAUAUAAUAGAGAAAUACAUGCUUUCGGUUUCAAUUGUGAUUUGUUAUUGUUUGGUUUUCUUUUCCCAGUUCAAUGACAAUACAUUCAAUUUUCCAAUUUCAGUAUCCAGUGGACUAAGAUGAAUUGUCAUUUCGUUCUGGUUUUUCUCUUUCUUUUUCUUGUAUUCGGCUGGAUCUCACACUACGGUGUCUGCGUAAUCAUAGAAUCGGCAUUUGAACCAUCCUGAUAUACAGUGUAUAUUGUCUACUAUCCCUUUGCUUACUUACUCAGUGGUUUCUGUUCUGGUCUCAUUUCCACAGGAUAUGAGGUAGAAAAGCUUUACUCGUCUAGAGGAUUUACAAAAAUGAGAGGUGAUACAAUUCUUUUCAGAUCCUGAUGAGGUUAGAGGCAUUCACUAUAUCAGUUUUUGUACAAUUUUCUUAUUAAAGAAUAGGCCACUUGCAAAAUAUUGCACAUGAAAAGACUGAUGCUGAUGUAAAGUAGUUCACAUCUAAAACCAGAAAAAGAUAUAGAUGGAUCAUAAUCUUGAACCUUCGCUUAUAAACCGUCAAACAUGGUCUAUGUGAUGAUAAAGUAAAGAUGGACUAUACCACAAGAAAAGAUGGCAUAGCAUCAUCUGAAGAGUUGGACGGUUAGUAGGAUGGGGCAUGAGUAGGACUGUAGUACUGAAUCUGGAGGAUGAGAAUGAGAGUUCUGGUGGUGACAAAAAAAAAAAAGUGUAGAAAUAUGAUACCAUUACAAAUGGUGUAUUGUCUGCUUGCUUCUUGCUGGCAUGGAGGACGGUGAACUGCCUCAGUCUGAUCGCUCCGCAAUGUAGUUUAGUGAUUUGAAUUGUCAAUGGCUUAGGUCCCUCGUCAAGGAUUGUCUAACAAAAGGGUCCCGGUGAUUGUACAAAUGGUUAAACGUUUUCUGAUUAGUGACAAUGUGAUGCACACUGGUUUGGUAAAUAUAUAGCUGAAGCCACCAAGCAACGGUCAUGGCGGGAAGAAUAACUGUAGUGCAGGGUUAUAGUGUGAACUGAGUUCAAGUUAUGUGGGAGAGGUGGGCCAUUCUCCCCCCUACAUUGGAAUUUUGUGUAUGCGUCAUACAAGCAAUCUUGGAAACUUUCGGUGUCUUGUGUAUAUUUUUGGACUGUUGGUUCCCCCAGGAUCCUAUAUAUACUCAUGACAUAUGCCACUCCUUCACUCCCUCUUACUUCCUUUCUUUCUCUGCUCCUUCCUCUCCUCCCCCCUUUUGCUUCUUUGACACUGACUCUUGUGCUACCUCUACCUCUUUCUGGCUCACAUUCUUUUCCAACCGCCAACCACUUCGAUUUUCGACAAGUUUUGGAUGGUUUUUACUUCAGGGUCUUGCUAUAGGUUCCAAUUUUGGAAGUUCUGACCAGUUUUCUUUAGACAAAGCUCUUCUAUUUUUCACUGAUUUGAGUUAUUUCAUAUUCAAGUUGUGACAUUUGAGCUAUAUCAGCUUCUGGGUAUUGACUCGGAGGCUUAAAUUUGAUUCCUUUCCAUCUUAUUUUGGGAAUUGCUGAAAAAAACUUGUGAGGGGGGGUUGUUGGGGCUGGCACAUUGGUUAUAAGGAAAGAGUUUCCAAAGACAAUGAUUCUGCCAUCCAAAGGGUGCAUUCUGUGGAGGUUUUACUCAAUUCCUGACAAGAAAUCUCUUCUUGACAAAAGCUUUUAUUUUUGGAUUUUCCAAAUUUUUAAUAGAUACUGUACGGGCACUUAACGAGCAUUCAUCCCUAAGCUGCACCUCUCUGCUAUAUAUUAUAACUAUUAUUUUGUUUCGAAAAUUUCGGAUAUUUGUGAGUUAUGGGUGGGGCAUCACUACCACCAGGUUUUAGAUUCCACCCAACUGAUGAGGAAUUAGUGGGAUACUAUCUUAGUAGAAAAUUGGAGGGGCUUGAAUUUGAGCUCGAAGUAAUUCCUGUCAUCGAUUUGUACAAAUUUGACCCCUGGGAGCUGCCAGAGAAAUCGUUUCUCCCCAGGCGAGAUAUGGAAUGGUUCUUCUUCUGUCCAAGGGAUCGAAAGUACCCGAAUGGCUCAAGAACAAAUCGAGCUACUAAAGCUGGCUACUGGAAAGCCACCGGAAAAGACCGCAAGGUUGUCUGCCAAUCUAGUGUUACUGGAUACCGCAAGACCCUUGUUUUCUAUCGUGGACGUGCUCCUUUAGGUGAUCGAACAGAGUGGAUUAUGCAUGAGUACCGCCUCAAUGAUGAUUUUGCUCAGGGGUCACCAGGUCAUCAGGGAGUUUUUGCUUUGUGCCGUGUUGUUAAAAAGAAAGAGCAUACACAGAAGGCAAAUGAUUCCAAUGGAGAACCCAAGGCUAAGACGACUGGAAGUACUUCGAGCAAUGGGGAUUUGACCUCAACAAGAAACUCGAAUGAGACCUUGAGCAUCUCUGCUGGAAUGUCAUCUCAAGUGAACUACCAGCAUGACGAGAGUCGCCAUUCAAGCCAUACUACUUCUCCAUAUGAAGUCUCUCCAAUGGCAGAGUUUGAGCCAGCUCCAAGAGGCACCAAUCCUGCAGACUUCUGGAUCUCACCUGACUUAAUUCUUGAUUCUUCAAAGGACUACCCACAGUUACAAGGAGCUGUGGCUAAUUACUUCCCCCAGUACGAGUUUCCAAGCACAAUGUCACCAUGGCAGUCAUAUGAACACACUGAGAUUUCGCCUAGUUCAUCAUACUCAAAUUUUGGAGACUUCCAAAUGGCAGAAGAUAUGAAUCAAAUGGCCAGCAUGUCACCUUUCUCAGGACACACAGACUACAUGGGUUAUUGUGGAAAUGAGGGAUUGCAAUUUGAAGGUUUUGACCAGACUAGUACAGUGAGAUAUCCAAAUCACUUCUGAAAAGGAAAGAAGAACAUUGUUGAUCUUUUUUUCAAUGCGGUAUCUGAAACAUGGAAUGGCCAAGCUCUAAUUUGCAGGCAAGUGAGCGCAGAUGGGAGUUUACGGGAGCUUGGACGUCUAUUGCUGCAGGAAGACAACAUAAUUGUGAUGUAGGGGUUUCCAAGACAACGCCUUUUAAUGUUGGUUCUUGGUAGUAAAAAUAAUCAGUCGUCUUCUUCUAUAAGGACUUAAGGAGUGGUUUGCAUUCACUGUAAUAGUACUGUCUGCAUUGUUUGGAGUUGUUUCAGAAGCCACUUAUGAUAUUCAUGGUUUCUUUAAA